UUCUCGUGACUAGCUGGCAGAGAGAAUGGAAAAUGAACUUGAGCAGAUUCGUCAAAGGCUUGAUAACGAAAUAUCUUUACGAAACACGACUGAGCAGGAGCCCAGGGAGAAAGAAACUAUUAUAAACGAACAAAGGACAACGGCAGAAACACAGGGGCAGACAUUUGAAGAAGAAUUAAAUCUCAGGACAGGUCAGAUUGAAAGCAAAGAGACCGCUCUAAGAGAUCUGCGGCGUUUGUUGGUAGAGGAGCGUCAGCAAAAGACAGACUUGGAAGAAAGACUAAGGAACUUGCAACUUGAAAUGGAGGAAGAACGGGACAGACGCGCUUCCACCGAAAGAGAAUUGAACACAGCUACCGAGCGCCAGACUCAUCAAACACGUGACUGGAUCAUCCAGCGGAAAGAAGUCGUUUUGAGCGGAAAAGUUUUAGGCAAAGGGGCCUGGGGCGAGGUACUUGAGGGUUCAUUUCGUAGUUGCCAAGUUGCUGUCAAGAAAAUUCAUGAUAUGAUUCUCUCUGAUCAUAAUCGGAAAUUGUUUGAACGAGAAAUGACAAUCGCAUCGUGUUGUCGCCACCCAAAUCUUUUGCAGUUUAUCGGCGCCACUAACGACGACGGCCAUCUUUUGUUUGUCACUGAACUACUGGAAAUAAGUUUACGGCGCUUGUUGUCUCAGCGAGCAUUAAAUGACGAGGAGAUUGUCAGCCUCUCCAUGAAUGUCGCCAAAGGAUUAAAUUACCUUCACCUUAAUAGGCCGCAUCCCAUAAUACAUCGAGACAUCAGCAGCGCCAACGUGUUGUUAUGGAGACGAGAUGAGUGUUGAAGAGCCUGACUGACUAUGGUCGGCGAAUUUCAUGCGUCAAUGCAUGACUGAAAACCCAGGGGCAAGGAUCUAUUCUGCUCCAGAGGCCCUCACUUCUCAACAGUCACCAUAGGUAAUGAAAAAGUGGAUAA